GAAGCUCGCUAUUCCUCGUCACCUCCUCCUCCUCCACCUCCUCCACUUCCUCCUCCACCUCCUCCACUUCCUCCUCCACCUCCUCCACUUCAUCCUCCACCUUCUCCACUUCCUCCUCCACCUCCUCCACUUCCUCCUCACCUCCUCCACUUCCUCCUCACCUCCUCCCGCACCUCCCCUCUCGGUGUGCCGCAAGAUUCUCAUCGCCAUGGCAGGCGACGUGCAGUACGACCGCAACUGCAACGCAUGCGAGUUUGUCGUGCGGAUCGGGUUCCCUAACACUUAG